AUGUUAUCUUGUUCGUUAAUUUUAUUUGCUUGUCUGACAACUUUGGUUUAUUCAGAAGAGCUUUUUGAGCCUGUUUGUAUGAACGAUUUUAUAGCAGUAGAUAUGAAUUCAUCCAGUGUAAAAAUUAGAAGUUACCACUUGUGUUAUGGUAACAUCCCUGACUAUACAAAUACAAUCAAAGGAUAUAAUGUCCAAUCUUUAUGUUUUGUCCACCCGGAUUAUAUACUUGUCAACAAAACCACAUUCUUUUUAAAUAGGUGUGGAGGUUGGUUACAGUUAAUAGGUCCAAGUGAGAAUGUCGUAAAUUGUAUGGUGGCAGGAUAUGCAGACAUACAAACUGGAGACACCUCUGAUGUCUCCAAUUUUGAAAUUGAAAGACGUACAAUUGGAGUCUACAAUUCGAUGUAUAAACUGUUGACUUCUGGGGUGGACAAUGUGAACAAUUACUUGACUCAAGUGACAAUAACCGAAGUUGCAUUUGAUUUGGGACUUUCUCCUUCGUUGUAUGUACUCAACAGAACAGACGAAAUGGUCACAAUUCAAUUCACAAAUCACAAUAAACAACCAGAGAAAAUAGGAGUUGAACAUAACAACGUUCUUAAUACUUACUCUAAAGAUAAAGAGGACAUGUUUACCUUUCCUUUAAUAAACGAUAAAGUUAACAUACAAAUGGUUGCUUAUGACGAUGAAAAGAUUAUAUUCCCAGAUGUCAAUUUAUUCAAAGAAGACAUUUUUACAGCUUCUGUUCGAUUUGGCCCCAUCAAUACACGACCAUGCAGAUUCAUUGCAGAGACACAAAUUAUCGACUAUCAAAAGCCUUUGGAGAACAAAUUGAUAUAUCAAAAGUGGCAAGUGUGGACUAUAAACGAAAGAAUCGAAGGAAAAUUAUAUGAUUGGGGAACAAAUGAUGUCACUAUAAUAGCAGAAGGAGGCAAUUUGACAAUUAUUUUUUCAUAUGCAAAUUCGUUUAGAAUACAAAAGGAUUUUAAAGAACUUCAAUUUGAUUUCGAAUUAAAUGGCGAAUUUGAAUUUAUUAUUUCAGAUUUGUUGCAAGACACGUCAUUAACAGAACUUGAUUUGACUACACUUAAGAGUGUUCAAAGUAAUCUUCCAACCAAAAUAUUUAGACCAAAUAACACCAACAUUAUAAAAAUGAAAGUCUCAUUCAAUCCCAAAACAUAUUUAUUCUCAAACGUCAUUGCAAUGACUUUUAAAUUCAGCAAAAAUGCAAAAAUACACAUUUUAUCAGCUUAUCUUAUGAGAGAAGAAGAAUUGAAACCAGCAGACAAGUGCAAUUCAACGUCUUUUGACUGCUUAUUUACCGAAUGCUCAAUUAACAACAACUCUUACUAUGAUGGAGAACCACCAUUUGCCAAAGGGUGUGAAUUACUUUGUGGAACAUGUCGAGAUGGAUUCGUGUGCUCAACGAAAGGAAGAUGUUUGAGAGAGCCGUCACACAAUGUCAGAGAGUUUGAUAUAUCAAUAUCCAUUGUAUCUCUGUUGAUGUUAAUUGUCAUGAUAUUAAAAAAAGGAGGAAUUCUUACACAAAAGACUUGUAAACGCUGUUAA